UCUCCUCGGCAGUUCGGCUCGCCGCGUCCUCGCUAACGGUUCGACUUCUGCUCGCUCCUUCCGCCCGAAUUCUUCCACUUCUUCACACGCCGGUCUUCGCUUUGUUUCGGUGGUGUGAACAACCUGUCCUCUCCAACCGGUUGUGAGCUGUGUGUACCAAACCUGAUCUCCACGGUGUUUUAGGUUGUACCUUGAAUUCAUCCAAGAUUCCAAGUACGAAUCUAUAGGAUCAAAGAAGAUCUUUUUGGAGCGUUGACAACGAAUCACCGCAAACCACACGAGUUAGUCAAGCACACGGCUAGGAGAAGUCCUGACAAUAAGCGCCUGCCUGCUAUCGCUAGUGCGGUGGCCCACAGCUAUGGCUGCACCCCCUCACUCGCAUAAGCGACGCAGUGUAGAUGACCUUCCACCCAAAUGGGUCAACCCCUGCGGCUUCAUUCCGUCCAGUGACGAAGCUGGACAGUCGUCUUCAGAUGUACCCGAUCUUCCUACUACAAGACAGUUCCUCGACAUCCUCCUCACCCAGGCCAAGAUCGCCCGUGGUUCCGUCGAGAGUUUCAAGAAGAAUUACGUGAAAGAGAUUUUCGAUGUGGACUUCGACUUGCACCACAAGAGCUGGAAGACCUACCGGUACGAGUGGCUUUACCCUAGCUCCGCUGUCCCUAAGGAGUUGGGCGUCAGCAUUCAUCCUGACAAACUUCGAGAUGUGCAGCUGGACUCCUUCUUGAAGGACGCUUACCGCUACAUGCAGAUAAUGUCGGUGGCUAUGGAACAAGUCGCCUUCGACCACUCCCACCCCGAGCACGGCUCAAUCUUCGCCGAGCAGUUCAAGAAGAUGGAAUACAGUCUUAGAGCUGUCCUGUGCGAGAUUCAGAUGACGAUGAUCGAGCGUCGUGUGGAGCCCCACGACGACGUCACCAGAGACGUGAUGGAGGACGACAUCCGCGACAUGGAGCCCGACUCCAGGAGAGAUCUACGCGACUGGUUCAUCUUCCGGGACUGUAUGAUCGUGCUGGAGUACAUUAUUGACGUGGUCCAGUACUUCUGCGACAACCCGAACCGCAUCCCUCCGUCCUGAAGCUCGUCCCUUCUUGGAGGCCGAGCGGGCAGCUGGCGCGCCUUGUACGCCCUCAGAAUGGCCGCCAAGGGUCGUGUCUACCCGCGCCCCGUGGGCCGGUCCCCCGACUCCUGAUAGCUCGCCGCCUACAAGAAGGAAUCUUCCCGUGUCUAUGGACUGACUGUACAUAGCCAGACUGGAGGCAAACUGCUGAGUACAAGUUAAAACUUUUUGUGUUGUGUUAGUUUGUAUGAUUUGUAUUUAUUGUUAUGUUCCAUGUAUAUAUUUGUUGUUAUUUCACUUCUCAUUUUAAUUCAAUUUCGAGCUGCUUGAUGGCUCCAAUACCAAUUUGAUACAUAACAGAAAACAUUUUAUUCAAGGACCUUGUCAUACGGUUACAUUUUUCAAAUAACAUUUUCUCUGGAUUGGCUGCUCAUUUGUUACGUUUUAUGUAGCAUUUUAUUUUUAUACUUACAGUUUUAUACCGGUUUUAAAAUUUUGAAUUCUACACAAAAAUGUUUUAAUUUUACUGACUUAUUUUUUAGCAUGUAAUUGAGCAAAAAUAGUUCUAGAAUUGAUUUAAUUUGUAAAUUACAUCAUUGUUCUGUACUUAAUAUAUGUUUUUGUUAAUAACAGAAAGGCUAUCAUAACAGUAAAACUUCUUGCACUGAAAAGCAAAAGCGGGGCAAAAGCGGGGGGUUUUUAAAAAUAUUUAAAAACUGAACUUGACUUAUUUGAAAAACUAACCUGGAUUAUUUAAAUUUUAUUAUGUUCUUAAAGUCAAUAAUUAGGCUUCCGUCAUUAAUUAUAGAUUGUUAUUUCAUGUUAUAAUGUAUUAAAUUUAUUGACUGUUUUCAUUGUACGGAUGCAAGAGUUGAACUUAAAAUUAAAAAAAAAGUAUUUAUUCUUAUAGAUGUUAAUUGUAAUAGGCUGUGUACAAUGAUUAACUAUUAGGUCACUUUAUAAAAAAAAUUAUCAUUGCAUCCAUCUUCUGUUCUUCUAAUGUUAGACUUAUUAUGUAUAUAACAUAAAAGGCAUUCCUAACGGGUGCCUAACUGUAAAUUAAUUCUGAAAAUAAAACCAUAUUUAAAUGUUGCAGAAUCUGUUGACGAGGCGAUGUACAAUUAGUUGCUAAUGUUAUCACUGAUGCCAUGUCAUCAAUAAUUGUAAGGGCUUAACUGUGUUAAAUCUGUAUUACAAUUAUUCAAGACUUAAGUAUGUUCCUUAUGUAUGUACUUCUCUGUUAUAUGUGUUAGUUUCGUUACAUACGUGUUAUGUGGCGGAUUACCAAAGCAGACUUUGUGUACAUAACGUUAGUUUAGUUACGUUUGUAUUAGGGCGUUUAAUUUAUUCGUUUACGGUUUAUUAAUUUAUUUUUUAUACAUUUUUAGUCCAGAACUGCAUAUAAAUUGUAUUAUAUUAGAAUUAAUAUGAUUGCAAUACACAUUGUUUUUGUAUUAUACAUAUUUAUUGUCAUCCUUUUAUGUUCUGACUGUGAUAUAUUUGUAGGAUUAUUUAUUGAUGCAUAAUAUAAUUUAUAGUUCUAAA